AUGCUUAAAUGCUACGCCGGAGCAACGUCUCUGCUCUUGAUUAGUCUAGCACUCCAAUGGGCAGCUGCUACAACCUUAGGAGAAGCCAUUAAGGGCGUCAACUUGGGGGGCUGGUUCGUUACUGAACAAUGGAUCACACCGUCCUUAUACGAGUCAACCAAUGCCGCAGACGAGUGGAACCUCUGCAACUUGCUUGGCAAACAGAAGUGUCUUUCAACGCUACAGCAACACUGGAAAGGCUUCUACAGCAGAAAUGACUUUAACGAUAUCCGAAAGGCUGGCUUGAAUACGGUCCGUAUUCCACUCGGGUUCUGGGCUGUCGAUAUCCUUGACAGCGAGCCUUAUGUGUCCGGCCAAUAUCCAUACUUGAUACAAGCUGUGCAAUGGGCUAGAGAGUUCAAACUGUCAGUAUAUGUCGACCUUCAUGGUGCGCCGGGUUCACAAAAUGGCCAGGAUAACUCUGGCUUGAUCGGACCUGUCUUGUUUGCCACGAAUACCUCAAAUUCAGACAGGAGUCUGAACGUGCUUCGAAAUUUGACCGAGGAGUUCUCUCAACCAAAGUAUGACGAUACCGUCGUUGGUAUCGAAUUGCUCAACGAACCUCGAGUAGGCUCGGCACGGUUUUCGAUGGAGCAGCUGAAAAACUUCUAUGCGGAUGGGGUCAGCGUAGUACAUAAUAGUAGUGAAGAAGGCUUACCCAACGUGGCGAUACAUGACGCUUUUUGGGGUCCUCAGUAUUGGAUCGAUUACAACCCGGCGGAUAGCACAUCCAACGAGCCUGCGACUAGUCUCACAGUCGAUACACACCAAUAUUACGCUUUCGCGCCCCUCAACAAUCUCACACAGUCGCAAAUCAUCGACGCGAUCUGCAACACGGGCAAGACCCUCAAAAAUCCGUCCAGUGGCAUUCCACCAACAGUGGUCGGCGAGUGGAGUUUGCAAACCAGUGUGUCUUAG